AUGAAGAAGAAGAAGAAGAAGAAGAAGAAGAAGAAGAAGAAGAAGGAUGAGGAUGAAGAAGAAGAAGAAGAAGAAGUAGGAUGAGGAUGAAGAAGAAGAAGAAGAAAAGAAGAAGUAGGAUGAGGAUGAAGAAGAAUUCCAUUCCAGCAAAAAGUGUAUCUGCAGAGAGCUCCGCUAUUUCUGACAGUUCUCUGACAGUUCCUUCACAUUUACAGCGGUUGAAACAUUGUAUCUAUUUGUUUCCGAAUAAAAACAUCUGUAUCCUAAAUGGAAACAAAUAGAUACAAUGUUUCAACUGCUGUAAAUGUGAAGGAACUGUCAGAGAACUGUCAGAAAUAGCGGAGCUCUCUGCAGGGACACUUUUUGCCGGCUGUAGAACGAAUGAAAAUCGGCGGAUCGGGGAAAAUUCGAUUCGUGCAUCCAAAGUUUGCUAA